ACUUGCCAUUGCAAAGUGCAUUUCCCCCUCCCUCGGCGGGUUUCGAACCCGCCCAUGUACAAAAGGGGUUAAAAAAAAAAAAAAAAAAAACUUAUAAAAUUUUUUUAUUUUGGGUUUCUUGCUCGGUAUCCGGGGUUUCGCCCUGAUUAAUCCGGAUCCGACCUGCGUCGCGCACCUAAAAAUGGUAAUAUGAUGCAAAUGGAGUUUAAAAUUUUUUACUUUCAGCACACAGAUAACCAUAGAAGAGGGGCUUCUCCGCCGGAUUCAAUGGCAACCAACGGGCAGCAGAAGCGACAGGUUAACCGCCAGCAACAAGGACAAGAGCUGAAGAAACUGGAGAAGCGAAAGCCAGUCUUCGUCAAAGUGGAUCAGUUAAAGCCAGGAACCAACGGCCACACCCUCAUCGCCAAGGUCUUGACCUCUAACAUGGUGCUGCAGAAGGGUCAGGCUGCCUCCCAACAGCCCCAGCAAAGUCACAUCGCCGAGUGCCUCGUCGGUGACGAGACUGGAACCAUCCUCUUCACCGCUCGCAACGAUCAAGGUCGCAUUUUGCUUUAGUACACUCUUUUUACUCAGCGAUCAGUAUACAAACUCUGAAAUUUGCUUCUGAAUUAUUUUAAUGUGGUUAAUCAGCAUAUCUAUAGCCGUUCUGUUCUUAUGAUCCGAAGUGCAUAUUUUCUCUCCAUUUCUUAGCUCCAAUGUUGGUCGUGCGUAUUUGAGUGUGAAGAUUGUUGGAUUUUGUGCGAAUGCAAUUCUUUUGUGGUAAGAGGUGUUUUCAAUUCUCAAUUUUGGCUGUUUUGAUGAUUUGACUGAGAACGAUGUGUUUUGUUUAUAUUUUCCCAUUAUGAACUUGAAUUGCUUGCAGGAUUGGAUUCAGCAGUCAAGACUAUGAGAUAGAAACAUACCAUUUCAUUGAAAACAAUAAUAUGCUGAAGAAUUAGAUUGCUAGUAUCAUGAUUUAGGACCUUAACUUUGUAAUUGAUUGCAUUAUUAGUUUUUCUACUGUUAUGAAUUCUCUAAUUUCAGUUUGUAGCAUGUGGGUUUGGUUACAUGAAUCAAAUUUAUGACUUAUUUUGAUUGCUGAUUGUCGUACGCCCCUUACAAUUACAAGUGCAUUUAUCUCUUGUCAUUUCCUUGUGUUGCUACCAUCAUUACUGUGUUAGCUUUACUUCUUUUUGAUAAUUUGAAUGGCAUAGCUGUGAAACUUUCAUCCAAGUAAUAAUCCUGGACAUUACAU